UGUUAAAUAUCUGAAAGUUCAGAUUCUUUUUGGGCUUUAAUUACUGAAUGUAGAGAACAGAACUAUACUUCGGUUGGCUUGGGAUUGUAUGCUAAUGCAUUUUCUUGUUCUGAGGUGUAAUUUGAAUUAUUUGUUCAUUGUGGAAAAUAAUGCAUUGAGAACUGUUUUAACAAGAAAAAGAAAAAAUGCAUAUAGAAGUAGUUUCCUGAAAUGGAGAAUCUGGUUUUGGAAAAUAAUUCAUUGGAACUAUUAGCGGGUGUUGAGAUUGUGGAUAUUCUUAGAAUGUAGAAGUAUUUUCUUUGACGGUUGUGAAGGAGAUAUCCUGCAAUUGAAGGGAUUAGUAAUUUUUGAAAGCCUACAUUCGAUUCCUACGUACAAUACUUGACGUCAUGAGCUCAUUCGCUCCAUCUUGAUAGGUAGGAUUACGUUGACAAAAUAUUCCUUAAUUUCUCGAUUUAGAAGUGCAAAUUUAAUCUCUGUGUUCAAAUUUAACCUCUUUGUUUGUGUUCUUUCCAGAAUAGAUGAAAAUAAUCGAUAAGUUGUGUGUUAAUGCAUUAGGACCAAAUUUCGAUUCUAAUAGAUUUAAAGUCUUGCUUAUUUGUUACAAUAUACUCCCUAAUCUGGCAUGUUUUGUCUUGGGAUAAGAAAUAGGUAAAGGUCAAUAAGUGGAAAAAAGUAAUAUAGAGGAUGAUGCUGUAGUAUUGGGGUUUAUUAGGCUUUUAUUAGAGUAUGAAGCUGUAUACGUGGAUCUGCAAUAGCAAGGAAUCUGCAUAUUUGUUGCAGUUCAGUUUCCAUUUUACUACGUAGAUUUGAUUUAGCAUGUAUUCUCUUGUCUUUAACAUGAUGCUACUUAAUGCCAAUUAUGUUGAUCUUAUUCAUGAUUGAUUACUUAUAAACACAUAACAUUCUGGAUUGAGCUUUGGAAUCUUAUACUAUCAUGAUGCAUGGAGCUUCUAUUUUAUCUGCUCUCUUGUUGCAUGUUAUCAGCUGUCAGAAUAAGAAUCACAGUAAAUAUAAUUUUAAUAUUUGUGGCGAGCAGGUCUGGAGGCAGACCACACAGUUCAUCUUAUUCGAGAUUCUGCCGCAGCUGCUUCUGCUAGUGCAACCAAUGUCGUAAAUCCAAAUGUUAAUCAGGAUGCUCCCAGGGUUGCUGUUCCCACUACAGGGGGGCUGUUUGUCAGAGUCGGUGGAGGUCCACGACUUGGAAGUAAAGGUGGUUCGUUUGGAGCUGGACUUCCAGAUUUUGAGCAGGUCCAACAGCAUGACUCCAACAUGAUGAGAGAGAUAUUGAAUAUGCCUCUAGUUCAGGAUCUAGUGAAUGACCCAGAAAUCAUCUGCAACUUUAUCGUGAACAGUCCUCGAAUGCGAGAGUAUGUGAAUCUUAAUCCCGAGAUCCCACACAUAUUCAAUGACCCUGCUAUAUUUCUCCAGACAUGGGAGGCUGCAUAUAAUGAACUCAUGCAUGAGACGAUAAGAACUAUUCAAUGGCCAUUGAGCCACACUGAAUCGUCUCCUGAGGAAUUUAACAUGCUAAGGCACAUGUAUGAGAAUGUCCAAGAGCCAUUUCUGAAUGCAACAAGCAUGGCUGGAGAUACAAGAAAUUAUUCAGGGACAAACCCGGUCAUGGCUCUUUUGGGAGCCCAGGAACAAGGCAGAAACCGGUCAACUAACCCUCCAGCUACUGGUUCUGACACAACUGCUAAUCCUCCUGCUCCAAACUCGAACCCACUUUAGGAUCCUUGGGCAUCAGCUGACUGUAAGUUUCUAGCAAGUUUGUGGAUCUAAUUCUAUUUGCCGCUAGAUUUAACCUUGUUACUUCAUCUCCUAUCUUGUUCACCAGGGUCUUCUGCAUAUUAAAAGAAACUUUUUAUCUCUUUCAUAUUUCUCAUUCUGGAGAUGCUUUCAUGCAUCUUCACUGCUUGGGUGCCAUGAAGUCAUCAUACUCAUGCAAUUUGUGCUUAGAACUUGAACAUUUGAACACCUGUUCUCUGUAGCUACUUUUUUUCUUUGUUUUUCUCUGGUAAAAAUAUUUCAAAGUUUAGCACAAUUUUGUUAGGAUUUCUUAAAAACAGUUUUAUACUUUUAACUAUAUCAGUUAAUGUCUUAUGUAUGUAGCAUUCAUUAUCUUGA